AUGGGCUGUCAUCCGAGGCUUCGAUGGUCAGUCCUGACGGUGGAACGUCGUGCAGGUGAGAGCCCGUACCCGAUCAUCGACACUAUCGGCACAAAGGCGAUCGGAGGGAUGAGUUCGUUUAAUGUCUGGUGGACGCUAGGCGGGAUGUGCGUCCUCGUAAUAAAACUCCUCGUGAAAGCACCUGGGAAGAACUCGGCGGAAUUCGUGUUCACCGACUUUGAAAACUUCACGGGCUGGGGCUCCCGGGGAUUCGUGGUCCUCCUCGGCUUCCUCCAAGCCGUCUACACCCUCGAGGGCUGCGGGACCGCUGCGCAAGUGGCCGAAGAAGCCAAGAACGCCGCCGUCCUCGCCACGCUCGCUGUCGUCUUCUCCAUUGUCCGCUCCUGGCUCAUCGGGCUCGCGUACAUGCUCGCGCUCCUCUUCUCCGUGCAGUCUGUCGCCUCCAUCCAGGGCACAUCGUACGCGAUCCCCAUCGCGCAGUUGUACUAUGACGCGGUGGGGAAAAGGCUACGCUGCUCGUGGUCGUUUUAUGCGCUUGCGAGGGAUAAUGCGAUGCCCAUGCGCGGGCGGUUUAUGGCGCUGAAUCGGAAUCAGGCGCCGUAUUUCGGCGUGUGGGUGUCGGUGCUGAUUGGCUGCAUCAUCUCUUGUGCGUAUAUCGGUUUCACCGUUGCAUUCAACGCUAUAUUGUCCUCGGCUGCCGUAGCAGUCAUGUUGAGCUACCUCUAG